UUGCGUCAAUAACUAGUUUCACCGCGAUAUUCCGCAACUCUAGAGGGACCAAGGGUUCAGGCCGAGUGUUUGUGAGCGGAACGCAGGGCCCGGGCGCGGAGUGAGGGGGGAACGCGCGGCUGGUUGCACCAGGCCCAGGCCCGGCCCGAUGGCUUCACUGUUGUGUAGAGUCGCCGCAGCUGCCACCGUGAAACCAAUAUGUUUACGCCGACUGCACACUGUCUACCAGAUGGCUGAGCUCCCAGAAACCCAUCAGUUAUUGAGGGACACCUGCAGAGCCUUUGCAGAAAAGGAACUUGCUCCCGUUGCUGCGCAGCUCGACAGAGAACACAAAUUUCCUGCGGAACAGGUAAAGAAGAUGGGAGAACUUGGGCUCUUGGCAAUGGAUGUGCCGGAGAAAUAUGGUGGAGCAGGAUUGGAUUAUCUGGCAUAUGCCAUUGCCAUGGAAGAGAUAAGCCGAGGCUGUGCUUCCACUGGCGUCAUCAUGAGUGUAAAUAACUCAUUGUAUUUAGGCCCGCUUCUGAAAUUUGGUUCUGAAGAGCAAAAGCGCAAGUGGGUAACCCCAUUCGCAGAUGGAACCAAAAUUGGCUGCUUUGGCCUGAGCGAGCCAGGCAAUGGAAGUGAUGCGGGAGCAGCCUCGACCACUGCCAGGCUAGAUGGCGACAACUGGAUUGUCAAUGGCACCAAGGCCUGGAUCACAAAUAGCUGGGAUGCCUCUGCUGCGAUUAUCUUUGCCACCACAGACAAAGCACUCAAACACAAGGGAAUAAGUGCUUUCUUGGUUCCAAUGCCCACACCAGGGCUCUCCUUGGGAAAGAAAGAAGAUAAAUUGGGAAUUCGAGCAUCCUCCACUGCAAACCUGAUUUUUGAAGACUGCAGACUUCCCCGGGAAAAUCUAUUGGGUGAACCAGGACUUGGAUUCAAAAUAGCCAUGCAAACACUGGAUGCUGGUCGGAUUGGUAUUGCCUCACAGGCCCUCGGGAUCGCACAUGCAGCCCUGGACUGUGCUGUGGAUUAUGCUGAGAAAAGGAUGGCGUUUGGCUCACCUAUUUCCAAACUCCAGGCCAUACAGUUCAAAUUAGCUGAUAUGGGCCUGGCGCUGGAGAGUGCACGCUUGUUGACGUGGAGAGCAGCUAUGCUGAAGGAUAAUGGAAAAUCAUAUGUAAAGGAAGCUGCAAUGGCCAAACUGGCAGCAUCAGAGGCUGCAACAUCCAUCGCUCAUAAAGCCAUGCAGAUUCUCGGAGGUAUGGGCUACGUAACGGACAUGGCAGCAGAGAGGCACUAUCGCGAUGCUCGCAUAACCGAGAUCUAUGAAGGAACCAGUGAAAUCCAGCGUCUGGUCAUAGCCGGCCAGUUAUUAAAAGCAUACCAAGGUUAAGGAUGUCCCUGUGAAUAAUCAAUUAACAAACCUAAAAAACGUUUAAUGUAACUGUAAUGAUAGACAGGAACUGUGAUUCCAAUCCAAUACUGUUGCUCUGUGAUAAAACUCUGAUAUGUUCAUAAGUUUAUAAAGUUGCAGGGCAGAAUUAGGCCAUUCGGCCCAUCAAGUCUUCUCCGCCAUUCAAUUAUGGCUGAUCUAGCUCUCCUUCUCAACUUGCCUUCUCCCCAUAACCCCUGACACCCGUACUGAUCAAGAAUCUAUCAAUCUCCACCUUAAAAAUAUCCAUUGAUGGCCUCCACAGCCUUCUGUGGCAAUGAAUUCCACAGAUUCACCACCCUCUGACUAAAGAAAUUCCUCCUUAUCUCCUUUCUAAAGGUACGUCCUUUUAUUCUGAGGCUUUGGCCUGUGGUCCUAGACUAUCCAACUCAUUGAAACAUCCUCUCCACCUCCACUCUAUCCAGGCCUUUCAUUAUUCGGUACGUUUCAAUGGGGUCCCCUCCCCGUCGUCUUUCUAAACUCCAACGAGUACAGGCCCAGUGCAGUCAAACGCUCAUCAGAAGUUAACCCAAUCAUCCCUGGGAUCAUUCUCAUAAACCUCCUCCAGACCCUCUCCAAAGCCAGCACAUCCUUCCUCAGAUAUGGGGUCCAGAACUGCUCACAGUACUCCAGAUGCAGUCCGGGCCGGUGCUUCCUGAGCAUCCCAAGUAUGGAGAUGUUUGUUUGCAAAUCAGAAAUACAUUUGUUAGGAGGUAACACAGGCUGAACUAUGAUGUCAAACGUUGCAAGAGAGAGCUCCAUGGAUAUUGAUCACACUUCAAAUCAAAAGGAAAGAAUGAUUUUUUUGAGUUGAAACCAUCAGUGGCUUUCGAUCCAAUUGAAGUCACCUUGAUUUAUUUUCUUCCCCGCCAACAACCUGGUGUAGCUGGAAAGUUGACGUUAUUUGCUCUCUUCCUUUCACUUGGGAUACCAGAUGGGCCCUGAAGUCCCUAAAGUUCACUUCACGAUGGUAUAGAGGUACAGAAGCUGAAGGGAUCAGCAAUGGAGAUGAUUUCUCAUGAGAUCCAAAAUUAUAAACAAGAUUUUAAAAAGUUGCCAAAACCGUAUGAAGGCAAUCUUCCCUAUGUUGUGGAUAUUAUAAUGAUAUUCCGUUUGAUUUUUCAUUUUCAUUGCCAAUGCACAUCAAUUUAUAUUUUAUAAAAUGUCAUUGAGUUCUUAUUCAGUCAGGCAGAAAGGAGCUGGUAAACAUAUUUUCCCCUUGACAUCUUUUAAUUUGGUGUUAUUAUUUAGCAACUGAAAUUUCCACUAAAAUGUCAUUGAAGUCGCAGAAAGCAUAUUAUCAUAAUUACUUAAAGGAAUUUGCUGCUGAAUCGGUAAUUGAAAAUAUUGUGUGUUGUUGAAGAACAAAUUAAAUAAACGAUAUAUUUUAACAGACA